UGAGAAAACAUUGAUUUGGCCACAUGUUGUUGUCGGAGCGUUUAUAAACUAGAUUAUUAAAAUAAUAAAACCUGCAGGAUGAAGGACACUCCGCUGGCCAACUGUGAGCGGGACUUCCUGCUGAAAGCGAUAGAAGAGAAGAAGCGUCUGGAUGGAAGACAGACCUAUGACUACAGGAAGAUGAAGAUCACCUUUGGGACGGACUACGGCUGCUGCUUUGUGGAUCUGGGUAAAACCAGGGUGAUGGCUCAGGUGUCCUGUGAGCUCGUAGCUCCUAAAGAGAACCGACCCAACGAGGGAAUCAUGUUCUUCAACAUCGAGCUGUCUCCGAUGGCCUCACCUGCGUUUGAGCCAGGCAGACAGUCUGAGCUGUCUGUGAAGCUCAACAGACAGCUGGAGAGAUGUUUGAGGAACUCCAAGUGCAUCGAUACAGAAUCUCUGUGUGUGGUGUCUGGAGAAAAGGUGUGGCAGGUCAGAGUGGACGUCCACAUGUUGAACCAUGACGGUAACCUGAUGGACGCUGCCUCCAUCGCUGCCAUCACGGCUCUCUGCCACUUCAGACGUCCUGAUGUCGCCAUCCAGGGAGACGAGGUCACCGUGUUCAGUCCCGAGGAGAGAGACCCGAUCCCUCUGAGUAUCUACCACAUGCCCAUCAGUGUCAGCUUCUCCUUCUUCCAACAAGGCACCUUCCUGCUGGUGGACCCGUGUGAGCGUGAGGAGCGAGUGAUGGACGGAUUAUUGAUGAUUGCCAUGAACAAACACAGAGAAAUCUGCUCCAUCCAGUCUAGUGGAGGCAUCAUGCUGCUCAAGGAGCAGGUUAUGAGAUGCAGUAAAAUAGCGAGUGUCAAAGUGUCUGAGAUCACAGAACUGAUCAGUAAAGCUCUGGAGAACGACAAGAGAGCAAGGAAGUCUGGUGGUCGGUGUGGUUUUGCAGAGUCUCUGCCUCAGGACAGAAUCACGGCGCUGAAAACAGACGAGACUUCAGUCGAGAUGACGGACGUGACAGAACGAGCCAAUGACAUCGUCCAGGGCGCCGAGGCCCCGCCCCCAACGGUCCCUUCACCAGUGGUUCACGUCCCAGGAGUGGGUCAGGUAGGACAGGGGGUCCAGAACACCUGGGGGCUGGAGGAGGAAGAGGAGGAGGAGGAAGAGGAAGAGGAGGAGGAGGAAGACGGCAGCAGUGUUGAAGAACAAGAGGAAACAACGAUGGAAGAGGAGGAAAAGAAGGAGAGCAGAGGAGAAGUCGUGGAGAUCUCUGACAGUGAAGAGGAGGAAGUGGUCAUCCUUCAUCCGGAGACAUCGGACAAAGCUGCUCAAAAACCAGGAUCCAGUUCCCACCAGAAGGGGGCAGCACCAUCAAAGACAAGACAGAAGAAAUGAAGGAAGACUCGACUAGAGCUGCUAGUCAGAGGACACGGCUGGAGAUCUUCAUCAUGAAGAUCUUCAUCAUGAAGACUCCUGUCCUGCUGAAAGGCUGAAAUGAUUCCUACCUGCUGUGGCUGAGAGACGGAUCAAAUACAGCACAGAAACACUGUUUGUGUUGGAUUCUUACUCUGAAAACAGAAAGUCUUGUUCUUGUUUGUAGCCAUUUGGAUCUAUUUAGAAACAGACUGUGCUCACAAAUGUAUAGAGAUAGAAAAUUAUUUUUUACAGACCUGUUUUUAACAGUGAAAGGAUUGAAAAGUUUUUUUGAUGGGUUUAUAGGAUUAAAUAAUUAUCCUCUACAGCCCUUUUGGAUGUUCAGCAGACCUUUCACCUUUCAUUUAUGUUUGUGUUCCACGUGUUGUGUUUUGUAAGAAAAAAUGGGAUCUGUGGUGAUGACAGAAUCAAAAUAAAAAAGGAAAAAUA